UGAUUUCUUUCCCUUUGGAUUUGCAUUAUGAAUUUGGGUGCAGAGUCCGGCUGUAACUGCUGUACAUUUGCGAUUUGAUACCAAAAACUCCAAAAGAAAAUUCAGGGAGAAAUGAAUUUCAGUCUCCUGCUUGGUUGUCUGUUGCCCAUUUCAUCACACUGCGAGUGCUGGGCUAGCCCUAGAAAUAAGAGUGUCUCACUCUCACCACGCAUGAUCCAUUCCCUGCUAUACUUCUGCAGUUCCUUUGCAUGUCUGGCUGUUUUGCUUCCACUUCUUCAGAGUACCAUCUAUGGAGGCUACCAUCUAUGGAGGCCGAGUGCAGCACCAGACUCCAGUAUUGCUCGCACGAGUUUCCUCAACGUUUUGCUUCUUCUCGUACAGCUACAUCCACGAACAUGUCUCUACUCCGUCCCGCCAACUUCACCUGUUCUAAUUCCGUCUCAUCAGCUUCUCCAUUCCCAGGAUUGGAUGUGGAAACAAAAACUAAAACUGGAGCUUUGUGCUUUGAAGAAACGAAAGAAAGAAUCAAAAAAAUGUUCAACAAGGUUGAACUUUCAGUUUCUGCAUAUGAUACUGCAUGGGUGGCAAUGGUUCCUUCCCCGAACUCCCUUAACGACCCUCUUUUCCCUGAGUGCAUAAACUGGGUAUUGGAUAAUCAACACCCUGAUGGCUCAUGGGGCAUUAUCCAUAACCAUCACUUGCUGAUGAAAGCAUCUCUCUUAUCUACAUUAGCAUGUGCUCUUACUCUAAAGCGGUGGAAUAUUGGUCAUGAACAUAUGAGCAAGGCUCUCAAUUUUAUCAAGUCUAAUAUAGUUUCAGCCACUGAUGAGAAGCAAUAUUCUCCUGUGGGAUUUGACAUAAUUUUCCCUGGCAUGAUUGAGUAUGCUAAAGAUUUGGAUUUGAAUCUGCCCCUGGCACCGGCAAAUGUAGAUGCUUUGCUUCAAAAGAAAGAGUUGGAUCUUAGAAGCUGUAGAAGCAACUCUGAAGGGGGAAAAGCCUAUUUAGCGUAUGUUUCAGAAGGAAUUGGAAGGUUACGGGACUGGGAAAUGGUCAUGCAAUAUCAAAGAAAGAACGGAUCACUGUUUAAUUCUCCAUCCACUACGGCAGUGGCUUUUAUGCAUGGAAAUGAUGAUGGCUGUUUUAAUUAUCUUCAUUCACUUUUACAAAAAUUUGAUAAUUCAGUUCCCACAAUAUAUCCUCUUGAUAUAUAUGCUCGUUUAUGCAUGGUUGAUAACCUUCAAAGACUGGGAAUUGAUCGGCAUUUCAAAGAGGAGAUUAGAAGUGUAUUAGAUGAAACUUACAGAUGUUGGAUGCAAGGAGAGGAAGAUAUAUUCUUAGAUGCUUCAACUUGUGCAAUGGCCUUUCGGAUGUUACGUCUUGGAGGAUAUGAUGUUUCUUCAGAUCAGUUAACGCAAUUUUCAGAGGACCUCUUUUCCAAUUGCCUUGGAGGAUAUUUAAAGGACUUCGGUAGCUCACUGGAGUUAUUUAAGGCCUCUCAGAUUAUCAUUUAUCCUGAUGAAUCUAUUCUGGAAAACAUUAACUCUUGGACUAAUAGUUUCCUGAGUCAUGGUUUAUCAAGUGGUUCAGUUCAUUCUGAUAGACCUGAUAGACUUCUUAAACAAGAGGCAAUUAAUGCUCUUGAGUUUACCUAUAGCAACACACUGGAACGCUUACUAAAUAAGAGAGCUAUGGAAAAUUACAACAUAGACAUUGUGAGGAUUUCAAAAACAACAUAUACCUGCUUAAACUUUGGUCAUCAAGAUUUUCUGGAACUUGCUGUAGAAGAUUUCAAUAUCCUGCAAUCCAUACAUCAUAAAGAACUGAAAGAGCUUGAAAGGUGGGUCGUUGAAAACAGAUUGGACAAGUUGAAAUUUGCCAGACAGAAGCUAGCGUACUGCUAUUUUUCUGCUGCAGCAACCCUUACCUCUCCUGAACUUCGUGAUGCUCGCUUAUCAUGGGCCAAAAAUGGUGUGCUCACAACCGUGGUUGAUGAUUUCUUUGAUGUUGGAGGAUCUGAAGGGGAAUUGAUAAACCUUAUACAAUUGGUGGAAAAGUGGGAUGUUAAUGGUGAAGCGGAUUACUGUUCCAAGGAGGUUGAGAUUAUAUUUCUGGCACUUCACGGCACUGUUUGUGAAAUCGAAAAAAGAGCUUUACCAUGGCAAGGACGCAGUGUGAUGAGGAAUGUUAUUGAUAUUUGGUUGGCAUUGCUCAAGUCUAUGAGAAAGGAAGCUGAAUGGUUGAAAAAUAAGAUAGCACCACCAAUGGAUGAGUACAUGGAAAAUGGCUAUAUAUCAUUUGCGUUGGGACCUAUAGUCCUUCCAGCACUCUUCUUCGUUGGGCCUAAGCUUCCAGAGGAAGUGAUUGGAAGUUGUGAAUACCAUAAGCUAUUUAAGUUGAUGAGCACUUGCGGUCGUCUUCUCAAUGAUACUCAAAGUUUCGAGAGAGAGUCCAGUGAGGGCAAGCUAAAUGCUAUGUCUCUGUGCAUGAUUAAUGCUGGUGGUGAUUUCACGAAAGAGGAGGCCUCUGAAGCAAUUAAAGGGAAUGUUGAGAGGACGAGAAGAGAACUCCUGAGAUUAGUUUUACAGGAGAAGAAUAGUACAGUGCCAAGGGCUUGCAAGGAUUUGUUUUGGAAGAUGAGCUGUGUUGUGCAUCUGUUUUACAGGAAAGAUGAUGGGUUUACUUCACAUGAGUUGAUGAAUUCUGCAAAAGCCUUACUUGAACAACCCAUGGUUCUGGAUGAACUUUUGAACAAAUGAAAUGCAAAUCAAUAGAAUUGUUAAAUUGUAAGCAUGCGGAGGGGUAAAUCCUUUGAAACUUUAAGAACAGAGAGUAAAUAAAUAGGCCAUGUGUUUCUCUAAAUAUGUCUCUAGUGUACAAUGUCCUUUUCACGAGGACAGGGAAUCGAUUCCGCUUGCUCAAUGGCACCACUGUAAAAUAUAGAUAUUUCACCACUGAACUCUAUAAUCUUAAAAUUACCACA